UGAGAAACGAGAGUGAGUUCAUUGAUGACAAUUGUUGGGACGCAAUCUGGGACGCCCCGGUCCAACAAAGAGUUAGGGCAUUCUUGUGGCUAGUAUACCAUGACCGUCUACUGGGCAAUUUGAUCAGGUAUAGGAGAAGGAUGACAAACAAUCCCAAAUGUUAUGUAUGCGAUGCAGAGGAGGAAUCGGUACUCCACAUCCUAAGAGACUGUCCUGCAGCUCGAAUGGUGUGGCGCAAGCUGGGUGGACCGAGCCAUAAAACUGAAUUUUUCACCUCCACCCUGAAACAAUGGAUUGCUGAAAAUAUUUGUGCUGGAAAUGCACAGAAUGCAGAACUCUAGUCGAUCUAUUUUGGCACAGCUUUAGGGUGGAUAUGGCGGUGGAGAAAUUGUUUCGUAUUCAAUAGAAAUGCCGAAAUCCCCCUUGAUAUAGGUGCCUUCCUCCAAGUGAGGGUUGAAGAAGCUAGAAGAAGCAUGAAUGAUUACGAGGAGCUGCCACGAAACAACAGGAUUGCAAAGGUCCAAAAAUACAUAACCUGGCAUGGCCCAGAGGAUGGGUGGUACGCGCUCAACUGUGAUGGGGCGGCUAAAGGUUGCCCAGGGCCAGCGGGGGGAGGUGGAAUCAUUCGUGAUCAUCAGGGCAUAUUUUUGUCUGCCUUCUAUGUCAACUUUGGCCAUUGUAAUGCCUUCAAAGAAGAAGUAAAAGCUCUUACAUAUACAGGCUAAAACUGGCAAAAGAAUUACAAAUUACAAAGCUUGAGGUUCAACUUGACAGCCUUGCUGGCAUUCUACCUUUAAAUAAAGAUGUGAACGAAGGGGGUGAAUGCAUUCAUGGCCUAAGAAGCUGUCAAAAGGUGCUACGUGAAACGGAAUGGGAGGUAAAGCUUAUUCAUGUUUACCGGGAAGAAAACCGAGCGGCGGAUUGGUUAGCCAACCAAGGAGUUGCUCUCACUAGUGGUCUUGUGUACUUAGAUUCUAUUCCAUCAUCUUUUUGUGUAAUCUUAGAAGAGGAUGCUAGAGGUAUGGCUUUGCCACGCCUAGCACCUCCCUAAGUUAGUUUAGCUCUAGUUUUUGGCUUUCUGUAUUUUCCCUUUUGUUUGAAGCUCCUCUUCUCUUUCGAAUAAAAAAAAACAACAUAUACAAUAUUAGGGAUGGAUGAAUUUUUCUUUUCAAUUAAAAUACACAUAUACUUAGUAUUAAAAAGCAUUAGAAGGAAAUAUUUAGUAAAUUUUAAACUAAAACUUUCUUUUUAGAGGAAUAGAAGAACAAAAAGCAUCAAAAGAAAAUAUUUAAUCUAUUUUAAAUUAAAAGUUUCUUUUUAGAGGAAAAUAAAAACAAAAAUUAUCAAAAUAAAAUAUUUAAUCUAUUUUAAAUUAAAACUUUUGUUUUAGCAGAAAAGAAAACCAAAAGUAUCAAAAUAAAAUAUUUAUCAAACAAACGUCAUAUUUGAAGCAUGCAAUCGUUGCCUCAAACGGUUAUCAUUUUUCAAGGACUUUAAAAGUGGAAAUCUUGCAAUAUCAUCAAUGUUGUAACUAUUCCAAGGUAAAUAUCUAAAUAUUUUUUAUACUUUGACUCACAUUAUAAUAUAAAAAAAAUCUAUUUUUAAAAAAAAUUCGUUUUAUAGGUUAUUGCUUCGACUUACCAUGUUUGAUAAAGGUGGUAAUCUGAGAGUAACAAGCUUGCACAACACCUUUUAGGCUUCUUAGCUAGUGAAAUAAAAUCACUAAUUCAACAGGUUUCAAUCUAAUAUUGCGACUACAUAAAUUUUGAAUUAAUUAGCUCAUAUUGUAUUUAACAUUAAAACAUAUUCUUUAACAUUCAUGCAACCUAAUGGUCGUAAUCGGGUCAUGGAAAAAGUAUUUUCAUGCGUCAGAAACAAAGCUUUUUCAUGGGUGAGACCUCCACCAAUUGGAGAUUUUAAUCCUGAACAUUCUUAUACUGUUAGUCAUGUGUUGCAUAUCGAUUGGGCGGAGGAGUGCAUGUGGUUAAGCAAGUAUAUUGCGAGCAAAAGAAGAAAGUGAUACGCACUAUUUUACUAUAUGUUUAAUUACUUUACUUCAGUACUGAGAUUUUGAUUUUUCGUUGGGAUAUGUUAGUUGUAACCAAAUAAUUGUAAGUUUUUUUUAAAACUUUCGCACGCAUCGUGUGCAUAUAAGACUAGUACGUUACAUAAUACAAAUAGGUUAUGACAUAAAGAAUUUAUAUAGUACUCUCUAGACAGAUGCGAAAAACCCCAGAAAAUAGGCCCAAAACAAAUAACUCUAGUCCAUAAUAACAUAUACCCUUAAGUUCGGGGGGAAAUAUGAGGCAGAGGAGUUUUCUAGUACAUCUGACAUUAUUAUGGUGCGUGCAUCUUGUAUAUCUGUUAUUAGUGAGCGAGAUCCCUAUGUUGGGGCGUUGUAGUAAGGGGACUUGAUCGAUUCAAGGGGUAUUCUAACAAAUAUCCAUCUUGACUUGAAUCCACUCUCAAAAAACAAAUGUACCAGAUGUACAAUAAUAAUGUCAGAUGUAUCAGAAAACUCACAUGCCUAGAUCUUGCCCUCAAAAGGGAAAUUCAUAACUCCUAAUAUUUAGCAAGUCCAGAUGAUGUUGGAACUUGCUAUGUGGGAUCGGCUUGGUGACAUAUCAGUUAGGUCGUCAGCAAUACCCACUUCGUUCACCUUAAUUCUUUUUGUCACUUCUUAGAAAAUUAUACCGUACAUCAAUGUAGUUAGUCCCGUCAUUAUGGACUUGAUCCUUAGCUAAACAGAUUGCAUUAAGACUUCCACAGUACACUGUAGCCUAAUCAUGAUGUAGACCCAAAUCACUGACAAAUCCUUUCAACCAGAUUCCCACUUUGAAUUCUUCUGUCAAUACCAUGUACUCUACUUCCGUAGUUGUAACACCCUAAUAAUUUUCUCCUUUUAAAAAAUAUUCUUUGAUAAAUACUUGAGAAAUACUAGAACAUUAAUGCCACUGUGGUAGCGACUAAGGCUAGUACCAGAAUAACACAACGGAACUUACUAACUCACUUUCAAAAUUCAACUUUAUUCAUUCAAAACAUACUUACAAAUUGGAACCAAAAACUUAUCCUAAACAAAAUCCAACAUUCAUAAAGCACGAUUAAAAUAAUUCAAACACUAUUUUAAAUCCAACUGCAAUUAAAAAGUUUUAAAAUUUAUGCAAGAUAAAAAAAAAACUCUCAACAUCCCAAUCCUAAUGUUGACUCGUGACUUCAGCUACAAUUAACCUUCUCUUUAAUAUCCAUGUGUGAUUUCUCACCAACAUCACAAAUGCAAAGAUGGGUUGUCAUAGGGUCGUUAAGGAAUAGUCCACGGCCAAAGAACAAACAAAACACGUAAUCAACAAAGUUGAAUACAUAUAUAUUAAUAGGAGUAACUAGAAACUAAUCAUGCUUCACUCCAAAAUUAAAUAACAUUUGUCACAUGAAAAAGCCACUUACUUAAAUCACUUAAACAUGAAUAAUAAUUCAAUUAUAAAUAAACCUUGGACACAACUUUCUAACUCGAUCUAGACUAUCAAUUUACUUUUAAGUUUGGAUAAAGUAUAUAACAAGUUUCUUACCUACUAGUGUCCAAAAUGGACUAGCAUUUGGGAGCUACCCAAAUACCAAUUUAAACUUAAUCUAUGUCACAAAAUUGUGACAUUGUAAGGUUAUGAAAAAUAUAUUCAUGCAGAAAAACCAUAAAGCCAGGAAUCCAAAUUUAUUUCCACAUAGUCAAUUAGCAUAAUUUAGUAUACAUACUAUGUGAUGCGCGCCUUCCCUAGUUGCUCACAAACCAAACAAGAACAAGUAAAUGACUCCAAGUGUCGCCCCUCCAUAGAAAGUCCACAGUACGUUCGGAUCCGCCUUAGAUUCAACCAACUAGAAUAUUCUCUAAGGUUUUAUGCACUUGGGAAACUCACAAAUGUGAUAGGCAAAGAUUAUGAAUUAUGUGCUUAAUUAAAUGUAUUCAAUGUUGUAUUAUGUGUCAUAAAUUAUGAUCAUGAACCACAUAUUUAUAUGGUGGAAAUAGGGAAUUGUAAUCCUACUAGAAAUCGAAUAACUAAAGAUUUCAGGCUUUUAGUUAAACACAAACUCUUUAGUAUUCUAGAAAUAACUAAACUCUAAUUAUGCUAGAAUUCUAAAAAUUGUAGGAUUAGGAAAACAAAGGCUUGAGGCCCAAGCUACUUAAUUGCCACGUAACUAGACUUGAUGCCUAAUCUUUCUUGGUGCACAACCCAAGCACAUGGACUAGGCCAGCGUUGUAGCACGCGUGGCUUGAGGUCCACACUGCUGCUUGUGGCUUGGCGCCCAAGUCAUACCACACGACCCGUCGUUGGGCGCUGCUUGGCCUGCGCAAGCCUGCUGGGCGCUAGGCCUUGCAUCUAUAGGUUUUAUUGACAUUUUGUGUCUAUUUUAAACUUUUUAGGCUCCUAACUAACUAAUUAGUCGUUUCUGAUUCCGGAAUUUAUUUCUGAUUCGAACAAUAUUUACAUUUCCGAUAAUAUUUUUGAUUCCGACAAUAUAUCCGAUUCCGGCACUAUUACUGUUGUGGGAUCUUUUACGGUGCUGACGUGGCACGCGUUCCUCGGAGGUAUCAAGUAUGACCUGGCACGAACUUCUGGCAACCUGCAAAACAAGAAUAUUCCCGUAGGAAUAUUCCCUCCGAUGCUUAAGUAAGUAUAAGCUAGAGAGAUAAGUAAUUUGUAGAGAGAAGGCAGAACAAAGAUAGGUUUUUGUUGGUGGGCAAGAAUUGAUUGCCCUUCUACCUAGUGUGAGGGGGUCGAAAAAGCACGAGGCUAAUGCGUGACCCCGUCCCUCGUGGGUGUGACGCUUCUUUUUUGUCAAAUCAAGUGUAAUUGGAUUUCCUGUGAGUUUACACCCAAUUGACUAGUAUUAUAGGAGUCGUCAUUCAGUUUUUAACGACAAUGAGAAAAACUGACAAAACCCGGUUAUCGUGACAUAAAGGGAGUGCAAUUAUGUUUGACCACGACGGCCGUAGGUUCCCUUGUGAUCCCUGGUGGCGGGGAUCGCUCAACGUACACCCGCAGGGUAGAGAUUGAGGGUUCGGGGGACUGUAACUACCGAGAGGAGUACUCGCUCUUCGAUAACUCCAGAGGCAGGAUAUCCUUACUAGCUCAGCAUAAAUAAUUGAAGGGACAUGCGUUAACUAUUAAACUAAUCUGAGUUGAUUUUAACAAUAUGCAACACAUAGUACUAGAUCGAGCGCGAUUAUCUGAUUUAGAUUGUUUUAAGGGACCUAGCAUGAUAAUCCAAUUUCCCAAAAAUAUCUUAUUUAUUAAGCGUGAUCGAACAAUCAGAUUUAGUUAGUUUAACAGUUCAUAAAAGGGUGAGGAAAGCAAUUAAACCAUGGAAAAGGGACACAUUACGACGCACCCUUGAGAGGUGCGUCACGGUUCUCAGAAAACUAACCACUUUGACUUUGCUAUUUUUGCUUUUAUUUAACGAAUCUCAAAUUAUGGGACGGGAUACGUUCUGUUCGAUUUAUGGAUCGAUUGCGACAGAACGCGUGAUCAGUUUUGCAGCGUGAGGCUUAGGCUUAGGGGUUUAGAGUCAAUACUCAGAAUAUAAUUGUGUGUUGUGUGUGUCCUUUUCACGUCGAACUUAAGGGUCUAUUUAUAGGAAAGAGUUCGUGGAAAGAUAGAAUUGCAGAACUCUAAACCACGAGGAAUUAGGAAAAAAAACGUACCAGGUAUUUUCAGCGCCCAGGCCUGGGCGCCGAAGAUUUCGGCGCCCAGAGCCAGGGGUUGAAAAUAGGGCCCUGGCUGUUUUCCUUAGUCAGAUUCGGAUUCCUGGAAUCCGGAGUAUUUGAGAUUUUGAGUCCUUUAGUGCGUAUUAACCUUGUUGCGGGAUGCGUCUGGGCCCGUUACGAACUCUAGGCUCGUUAGGAUUUUAAUUAAUACGUGACUCUUACUUUCGAAUCAUAUUAGGAAUAGGAUUCUCUCGCAAUUUCUAUCUCAUUUAGGAUUUAUGUUGUAGUGCAACACCUAAUUCUGACAGGUUUCUAUCUUUUAUGACUUUCCACUUUUAACAACUACCCAUUACGGCAGUUACUAUUUUUUAGCAGGUUUUCAUAAAUAGCAGGUUUCUAUAAAUAGCAAGUUUCGGGUGAAAUGAAAAGGGGAAUUGAGAUUCGUUAUUUUAUAGGAGAUGCAUUGUCAAGUGGAGAUUUACGUUCUCAUCAUCGAACCUUCCCUUUCGGGAAUGGGGACAAAAGUAGGUGUCUACACCUAGGGAUCUACACUAUUUAUAGUGCUAGGGUUUCUCGGGAACUGGUCCUGCAUGAUUGAGUGUUUACACAAGAUUGGGACACGUGUCCUGCAUUGGUUUUGGAGGCUUGUUUAGGACCAAUGUGGACUUCUUAAUCGCUUGGGCCUGGGCCCUGUGAAGUUUGAGAAAUGCCCGUAGGCAAGCUUUUGGGCUCUUUUUUCUGGGCUUUGAUAGUACGGUCAGGUGGCAUUCUUUUAGGCCACAUCAUUUGCCCCUCAAGGAGGGUGCCCCUUGUCACUGUGGGGUAGGCUGCUUGAUUAGAGGGAGCGCCACGUGUGAGGGCUUUUCAGAGCUUAGAUUUUCCUUUAAAAGCUUCAAUUCCUCUUUCAUUUUUCUUUUGUUACUUCAGAGCGAUUAUUCUUUAGAGAGAGAAAGUAAAUUUCUUCCUGCCAAAGAUCUGCUUGUGCUUGCGCUUGAGUGUUCUUGGAUUUGCUGUCCAGUGUUCUUGAGGGUUUAGAGGAUUUGCCAAGACUUCUCAUCAGUUUGAUCAUUUUCUGGUAAGUUUUCUAUCAAAACCUUGUUUUUUGUAUGCUUGUGGGACCCCUCUUGUUUAUUGUUUAUAGUGUUCUGUGGAGGCGUCUUGGGGGUUAUGACACCUAUCCCUUUCAUUCUUUUUCUAAAGUCAGACGUCCUGUCCCUUAUGCAGGACGACAUGACUCGAAUUAGACAGACAACCAACAUGCGUGCAUGGGCUGCACCGCGAGAGGGGGACGUUAGGGUUCCUUUUUCGAACCCGUCCCAAGGAAGUAGAAGUGGAGUCCGUUCCUCCCAUAAUACUGGAGACGGGGCCAUUAGAACGGCACAUUCUCCUAGAAGAAGGAAGAAUGUGGCUUCCCGUCCCCGCGUUCCACGCGAGGAUUUUGAAGAUGACUCCUUUAGCUCCUCAGACGAGGAGUUUGCAAAUAAUCUUCCUCCUAUGGUUCAGGGGAAGGAGGACGUCAACCUGUUUCCGUCGGAUAUCUUUCCCAGCAUGAAAUGGCUGCGGUACCUGAGGGAGCAGGGACGUGACUUUGAGCGUUUUCUGCUCUUGCCCCCAGGUUUUAGUCUUAGGAGCCCUCGACCUCAUGACUCCGUGGACCAACUCUCCCAAGGAGAGGUAGCCGUUUAUACUGCUGCCUUUAGGUUGGGCCUUAGAUUUCCAUUGCACCCCUUUGUGAUGGACGUUUUAGAGGGGUAUGACAUUAGCCUUGCUCAAUUGACGCCCAACUCUUGGGCAAAUGUUUUUGGUUUUAUCGCCAAGUGUGCUUUGAGCGGCGUCACCCCUUCCUUUCCUGCUUUCCUUCGUCUCGUAGUCAUUGCCCCUUCUUCUCGUUCUCCCCAGGGGUGGUUCACCCUUUACAGCCGUCGGGGAUAUAAGACGGUGGUGGGUAAGACCUCUAGUUGGGUUUGGUGGAGGAAGAAGUGAUCUGUUGUUCGAAUGGAAGACCUCUCUCUUUCCAGACGUCUUUCUCGGUGGAACCGUCGGCCCCGCUAUUUGUCUAGAGCUGACGCCUACCCUCGCCUCUCGUCCAGAGAGUGGGGACUAGUGAAGCCCUUGUUCUAGGCUGAGAUGUAUCGGCUGUCGUCAAAGAGCCAUGCCUGGGUGCCUAAUGCUUGGCUUCCCCAUGUCGGCCAGUUCACCAAUAUAGUCUUUCUUUCGGCCGUUGGUCUUUGCUCCUAUUUGAGUAGAGGUUCUGCCAUGGAUCGCUUAUCCUCCGAAGACAAGGGUGUAGUGGAAGUACCCGCUUGGCUGUCCGAGGUAUAUACCGAGGACAUUCUCAAGGCUGUGGAGGCCAAGAAGAAGGACUCCUCCAAGAAGUCCAGCGAGGGUGCCUCUGGCGACGUCGCCAAGGAACCCACCUUGACGGCUACGAAGAAGCGUCCGGCAUCUUCGACGGAGGCUCCUAAACCAAAACGGCCCUUCUUUAAGAAGAUGGGUCCGGCCGACGCUGUCACCAAGCCGUCGGUACCAAAACCGUCCGCUCCCCUGGCUGAGGGGGAGGUUCCUCCUAUCCAGACGCCCAUUCUUCCUCCUGAGCAAAAGGAGGUUCCUUCCCAGGUGGACACCGAAAUGGAUAGUACUGCCGGAGCAGCUGCUGACGAAGUAGCAGUCGAACAGACUGAGGCGGCUGACGCCACCACCUUGUCCAGAGAGGACAAGGGUAAAGGCAAGGAAACUGAGGCUCCUUCUACUGAUAAUGCCUCUACUCCUCCUGCAGCCUCGCCAAUUGUUGAGAUGUUCAAGCGGAUGCGUCGGGCCGAGGUGACGAGCAUCCCUCCUUCUGCCGGUUUUAGCUCAGAGGCAAAGGAUAAGAUCCUUGCAGAUGUGUAUGCGGCCAUCCCUGAGGAAUACGUGAGGUCACUCCCCGGGAUUGACUUGGGAUUCUUUGGGUCCAUUCAGUCUCUCGUCCUUGAUCUUUUCAUUCGCUGUGCCGAGAGUAGGAACUAUCGCUUUGAUAUGCACAAUGAGAUGCUCAAGCACAAGGACCAAAUCGAGAAUCAUGAGCAAUAUGCUGAGAAGACGGCCAGGUUGAUCAACUUGGAUGCGGACAAGAAGAUCGCUCUGAAGACGGAAGAGCUGAAGAAGGUUGAGGAGGACGCUGAGAAAUAUGAAGAGAAGUUGCUGGAACAUGAGGGCAACUUGCCGUGCUGAGAAAGGAGUACUCUUCCGUCUCAGAACGGGUGACUGAUUUCUCUUCCAAGGUGAACGUUCUGGAAGGUCAGCUCAAGGCCAUGCAGGGGAAGAUCGAGGCCGUGCGCAAGGAGGCUGCAAGCUCUUUUAAGUUGGGCGAGGAGUCCAUCUUGGAGAGUGCCCAAAAGGCGUGGGAUCAGUCUAUGGACGGGAAGGAUUUUUCCUGGUUCAAACGCCGUAUCUCCCACCAGAUAGCCGUCUCGACGGCUAGGCGCUUAGGCUUAGAUCCUCCCGAGUUCAUUAGUGACGGGAAGGAGGACAUAGAAGAAGACGAGGUGAACUCCCCUGAAGGCCAAGACGUCCAGGACGGGAGUUCUAUUGCCCCUCAUCCUUGAGGAGUUUUUCUUGCAGUUGGUUUAGAUGACGCCGUGGGCGUUUGUAAUAACUUUGGUGCCUUCUGGCAUUUAUUUGAUUUGGUUUGUUUGCGCUUUGGGCGCUAUGUAUAAACAGUUUGUGCCGUUGUGCACUGUAUUUUAUUUUAAUUCUAUCAGUUCGUUACUGAUUUCUUAGGAAUUCUUUCUUUGGGUC